CGUUAUUUAAACCAAAAGCAAAUCUUUCGCUUUACCAUUUCGUUCCUUUGAUUGUAUAAAAGCCCCACCUGAGGUUCUCUGCUCGGAUAUAUCAAAUCUUGUCUACGACUACACCCUCUCUCUCUCUCUUUCCCCUUCGUUUAUAGCCACAUUACACGAAUACCACCUAGAGAGCAAGAAACUCAUAUAUUCUCUGCUUUGAUGGCGAUCAUCGGUGAGGUCUUGAGGCGGAGUUUGCCGGAGGAGGUUGGAGUUUCUAAUGGGUCAUCUUCUGAUUCUGAAGAACUUCAUGUUCUUGCUGUGGAUGAUAGCCUUGUCGACCGGAAGGUUAUUGAGCGGUUGCUUAAAAUCUCAUCAUGUAAAGUUACGGCUGUUGAGAGUGGGACUAGAGCUCUGCAGUUUCUUGGAUUGGAUGGAGAUAAGAGCUCUGUUGGUUUCAGUGACUUAAAAGUGAAUCUUAUAAUGACGGAUUACUCCAUGCCGGGGAUGACGGGAUAUGAACUGCUCAAGAAGAUCAAGGUGAGAGAAUCAUCAGCUUUCAGAGAGAUUCCAGUAGUGAUCAUGUCAUCUGAAAACAUCUUGGCUCGAAUUGAUAGGUGUUUGGAAGAAGGAGCGGAGGAAUACCUAGUGAAACCAGUAAAACUAUCAGAUGUGAAAAGGCUGAAGGAUUUCAUAAUGAGAGGGGAGGGAGAGGAAAAGGGAAAGAGAAGGAUUCUGAAGAGAAAAUUGCAAGAUGAAAUAUUUUCAUUAUGUUCUGAGUUGCCUGAUUCUGAUUCUGAUUUAGUGUCAUCGGAACUACAGUCUUCAUCACCAUCAUCCAACAUGUACAUGCCUAAAAGGCCUAAGUUUCUGAACACAGCCUAGUUUGUAGUCAUUCGUAUUGGGUGACAAUUUUUGUUAAUAAUGAUGAAUAUGGAAAAAUAAUUUUAUAA